AUGUACAAGGUAUUCAAGUCCUACUCGAAGAAGUCGGAACGAAAACAAAACGAAACUGGCAAACCUCCGAUCCAUCACUCCGAGUCCUCGUUUUAUCAAACCAACGGAGGCGGCGGAAUCGUUCAUCGCUCCUCCAGUGCCCAACGUCUUGAAGGAGGCCCAUUCAUAACAUCACCACCACCAUCCGUCCGCAACGGAGUCCAUGGAUCCCAGUCGACGUUGAGACGGACCGCGUCGAAAGACAGGUCCGAUUAUCAACAAGGAACAUACUCCAGCGAGUACAGGUGCGUCUUUGGAGGGGUUUAGGGAGGGUAUAGGUCAUUUCUGGGCGUUAGAAUUUGAUCCAGUUUGAAUUAGUUGACUCUUUUCUAUUCCCCCACCUUCCAGAUCCCAACAAAACGGCCAUCAAAGCCGUCAUCAAGCCCAUCAUGGCUCAACCAGCUCCCUGAAGAAUGGCGGCAGUCGUUUCUACGACUCUGCCUUGUCUUAUGGAGCCGAAGGCCACGCUGGCGCCUUGGCCGAGCGACGCGGCAGCUGUGGAGGAGCCCACUCUCUCCAGCGCCACACCCAGACCCGCUCCAGCCAUCGUCAAGGCUUCAGUGAAUCAUCGUCCUACGAAACCAACGAGCACUUCGAAAGAAAAGUCGAGCGCGUCAAGCGAACUCGCGGCGAGCGCUCCAGAUCCCGCUCGAAAGCCGCGAAUGGCAGCAGCGAAUACGAAUCCCGAGAGCGAAUGGCGAUCAAGGUAAUUCUUGAAGCUUUAUGGCUGUUUUUUGUCAUUUGA